UCGCCUCUGUGCCGCGAGUCGGACUCUGACGUGCUCCCCCGAAUCAUGAUGUUAGAAGAUGAUAUCACCACAUGCCUCUCUCCCUCAGUGUAUGAUAUGAUCUGCAAAGCUGGACUGGAAGUGAGAGAGCAAUGUGCCAUCAGCAGCAUCAUCACGGAAGGUGGUGGUGUGUGCUGGGACACCAUCACAGACUGUGUGGUUUCUACAGAACCAGACCAGAGUCUCGAUUAUCGGGCCAGCGUGAGGCUGUUGGGGCCUGUAUGUGAGGCUGUUCAUUCACACUUGUCAUCGCUGACCAAGACACAGUUUGAAGUUCAAUUUGCACCCUGGUUCCAGUGGACACAUUUGCCAGAGUUAUUUGCCGAAGUAUUCGAUGCCUUGGGCAGUCUGCACCCAGCUGCUGUUUGCCUCAGCCUGCUGAAGCUGACCUCACUCCUGGAGCGUGCCCUGGGGGAUGUAUAUUUACUAACUGGGAAGGAAUGCCCCUUUCUUUUACGAGACCUGCUGGCAUCCCAGGAGCUUACUCAAGUGUUUGGACAUUCUGUGAUGGACACACUCCGAGUCUUCGUGGGCUCCCCGCGUGGACUCAACCUGCGGAAUGUCCUUUGGCAUGGCUUUGCUGCACCUCAAGAGAUCCCUCCCAAAUACUGCUCCAUGUUGGUGGUGCUGACAGCAGGGCUGGGCCAGCUCUUGCAGAGAUACCUAGAGCAGACUGGUCUCUCCCUGGUCCACCGUCCUUCCGUGGCCCUCACCAGUCUGGAGGAUCUCCUCGUCUUCCCUGAUGUCACACAUGAGGAACUCUUGGUAUUAGAGGAAGUGAUGAAGAAAUCCACUUUCAUUCCACGAAUCAUGCUGCCAUACUGGGAAACUGCACUGCUCAGCUUCCAUGCCCACAGGUUUGCUGACUGUGCCAUCUUGGUGCUGACCCAACUGGAGACUGGACUUCGGAGAGUUUUUGCUGUGGUGAACAGAUGUCCGCAGAGACUCCUGACCGCAGAGUCAACAGCUCUUUAUACCACCUUGGAUGAAAUACUGGCAAAACACCUGACUGACGGGAGAAUCAACCAGCUCCCUCUGUUCAUUGGGGAACGUGCCAUGGAAUUUCUGUGGGAUCUCCUGAACCACCAGGAAGGGCCCCGUGUCAGAGACCGCCUGAGUCACGGGGAAUUCGACCUCCAGGACUUCCCGGAAGCAGCCGCUGAGCACCUGCUGGCAUUUUCCUUGGUGCUGCUCCUGAGGUUUGUUGACGAGGAGCUGCUGUCGGCCAUGAAGGAAAAAGCUGCAGUGAGCACCCUGAUCAGAUGUGUAGAAGGCUACUAUGCGCGCUUUCACCCUCUGUCUCGGCUGAAAGCACAGGUGCUGAGCUGCGAGGAGAGCCUCCGAAUGUGGCCUCUGCUGCCGUGGCCCUUAGACACCGAACAGGAGGCUGCCAGGUCUGAGCUGGGUUCUGAAGUACAAGCCUGCCACUCUCUCAUCCCGAGCGUCGUGGGCGAGUUCUGUCGCCACCUGCCCGGAGCUCUCACUGCUCCUGGCGUGCUGGACAAGGCUUCCCCCGAGACCUGGGCUGCCUGGAUCCGGGAGCUGUGUGACAUCCCCGUGCCCACUCUCUUCUGCGCCCGGGUGGAGCUGGAGGUGCUGGGGCUGCUCCGAAGCGUCGUGGCCUGCUGUGCCCGCCUGUCAGCUCAGGUGGCCGCCUCAGCCCAGCUACGGCAGCACAUGUGGGCACAGAGGCAGCUGCGCUCCCGGCAGCGGCAGAACUACCUGCGCAUGUGGUGGAGCAUGCGGCUGCUGGCUCCUGUGCUCCGCCUCAUUCUCCUGCUGGUUGCUCUGGAAAUGGUCAGCAUCCACGCAGCUCCUGGGAAGGCCCCUGCCGAGUAUCAGAGGUAUCUGAAGUUCCUCAGGGCCCUGUUGCAGCUGACCGAGAACCUGGUGUCUUACACUAGCCCUGAGAAGAACAGGUGGGAUGAGGCUACAGGCCUUGCCUCCAGAGCUGUGUGCAGAGUAUGGACUGUUGCUGAGAGGCGGCAGCUGCUGAUGCACUCAGCCCAGGAGCCCGCUGACCCCGCCGUCUGAUGGAAAUGCUCCCUGUGAUGCCAUCGGCACAGGCUUGUGGGCACCUCCAGCUCCGUCGGGCUCCCGUCAGUGGCACGUUCCUCUCUCCUUACAUUGCCCUGAGUGCUGCAUGCCUUAUUCCCCUGGGAGCCAGCAGCUGUGGUCUGGGGACUAUUCUUCCUGUAGCACUCAGAGGACUCAGCCCAUUGCUCUCAGAAGAGAUGCUUUCAGUGACCAUGGGACGACCAAACACAGUGACCUGUGCUGUCUCUGGCCUGGGAAUCAGCAUCUCUAGGCAGUGCAGCAGGUGCUGUCCUCAUGUGGCCCAACGAGCACAGGCCCCACAGGGAUCUGGGCAGCACUUAGAGUGCAGCUGGGGGAGGGGGUUCGGUAGAACCACCAGCUCGUGCUCGGUACUGCACGCCUGGGCCUUGACCAGACAUCAGGUCCCAGCAGUAGGACCAAGACCCUGUGCUGUGUGUGUUGACCCCAGGUCAAGGUCGAGCCUUCUCUCCUUCAGACCUGGGCUUGUGGAGAUACAGUAGAUCUUGGGGUCAAAGGUCAGAGUUGAGGACCAGGGUUAAAGGUCAAGCAUAUAGACCAGGGCGUUCUGUGUGGCAGCACAUUGUCCAGCUCAGUGUCCACUCAGCUCCAGUCACCUCCCUGCCCUUCUUUUUAAAAAGACUUUUAUUUAAAGAACCGGGAUUGACAAAGUUGUUUAUUGGUAGUUGGAUCUUAGGCCUACAGUGUCCCCCCCUCCCCCCCCCCCCCAGCGUCCUCCUGCUCUUGCCCACUCCUGCCUGCCACCUUAACAGGCACAUUUCAAGAUCCCAUGGUUGUAGUUGAGAGCUCACAUUUUCAGUGUUGUUGGGUCUGUGCUGUGGCUGUAGUGCUACACUGUUCUCACGUCCCUGUAUACCCGAGGCCCUGAUCCUUGCGUUCCUCAUCUUCCCUGGAUUUCUUUCCUUCUCUUCCUUCUCCCCUUCUCCUUCCUGAACUCGAAUUUUGGACACUAUUUUAAAUACGAUAGACUCUUGGGUUGCUCUCUCUUCUGACUCAUUCUUUGUAUAUAAGAAUGUGACCCAUCAAUUUUUCUGUAUUGAGUUUUUAUGGGUAUUUUAGGGCUGUCUAUGAAUAUUAUCAUGUCAUCUGCAAAUAGUGAUAAGUUUACUUCUUUUCUAAUUUGGAUCCUUUUGAUUUGGUUUCCUUGCCUGACUGCUAUAGCCAGGAUUUCUAAUACUAUCACUUCACUUGAUCAUUUGACAUCCCGUUAUUCAUCAAUUUGCUCAAGCGGGCGCCAGUAACGUCUCCAUUCGU